UGCUGGGUAGAGCAGCCAUUCUGGAGUCGAGAUUUUUGCACUAACCCACGAUACUGUUAGGGUUGCGACAAGUUGCUGCCAACAGCCAUACAGAGAAGGAGCUCAGAGUGUAAGGUCAAGUGAAAGCUGAUUUCUCGCCAUGUACAUCCAAAGGAUGAGACGGGCUAAAGGUACUCUUGAUAAAUGGUCGUUUUUCAAAUAGCCAAAAUAUAAAUCGUGUGCAUUUGCGGCUCUAUGACCUUUGAACGAUCACUCACAUCCCACGUCGUAAUUAAAACACACCUCAAGUCAAGGACCCAUAAACUGCUAUCUAUAAUAAAGUCGGUGAGGCUGAGAAGAUACCGAUGAUCGCUAGCCUGAGCGUCAAGAAACUUGGAUUUGCAAAAGUUCAGAAUCACUCAAUGCAGGUGGCUGGUAUAUUCACAUUGCCUGUUAUGGACUGAUGCCCAAAUUUGGGCAAAUGGAUUCAGAUCGUCCAAAAGUCCCAAACUUGAAAGACUUUUGGGACCAUUGCGUUGGAAGAUUGCAAGAGUACAGCAUGUCUACAGUCAAGAAAGUUAUAACAACCCAUAGUGGCAGCUUUCAUGCCGAUGAGUCUUUGGCAAUUUCCAUGCUCAGGCUGAUACCUGAAUAUGCGGAUGCAGAAAUCGUUCGUUCCCGUGAUCCCGCUGUCAUUGCAAAAGCGGAUAUCGUGGUUGAUGUCGGAGGAGAAUAUAUUCCUGAUCAAUUCAGAUUUGACCACCAUCAACGUGGUUUCACCGAGACGUUUGGUCCCCAAUACGACAUUAAACUUUCAUCUGCCGGGCUUGUCUACAAGCACUUUGGAAGACAAGUGGUGGCCCAAGUCUUAGGUUGGGAGGUCACUGAUCCCAAACUGGCGGUGGUUUACCAGAAAGUGUACGACGAUUUCGUGCUUGCAUUCGAUGGGAUUGACAAUGGCGUGUCCCAAUAUCCGUCUGAUGUGAAACCAAAGUAUCGCGAUUCGACGAACGCGAGCUCACGAGUGGCGAAGCUGAAUCCUUGGUGGAAUGAGAAAAACGUAGACUACCAGGAGCGGUUCUUAAAAGCUGUUGCUAUGGUUGGGGCGGAAUUUGUGGAAAGGGUUCGCUAUAUAGGCCUGUCGUGGCUUCCGGGACGAGAACUGGUUGAGCAGGCGCUGGAGGAGAGGGUCGAAGUCAGCUCAACUGGGCAUAUUCUUAUCCUGAAUAACUUUUGUCCUUGGAAGGAGCACUUACAUAUUCUUGAGGAGGAGAAGAAGAUACCCGAUGAGAAGAGACCAAUUUACGUCUUGUAUGAGGACGAAACUGCAAAACAAUGGCGUGUUCAAGCAGUGCCCGUCACUCCCGACUCAUUCCAAAGCCGAAAGCCGUUGCCGGAACCUUGGAGGGGUAUUCGCGAUCAAGCAUUAAGCGACUUAACUGGGAUCCCAGGAUGUGUUUUCAUUCAUGCAAGUGGUUUCAUUGGUGGAAAUCAGACCAAAGACGGCGCGAUAGCAAUGGCUCAAAAAGCGCUCACCCUAUGAAAAUGAAUCUUGACUGACAUUCUCGACAGUGCCAGAUAAAUAUCUAUUCUGCUAAAUACACAGAUAUAUUUUACACAAAAAUAUAGGCAACCGUCGCCGUAAGAUAGUUGGUGAUAUACUGGUUAUAAUAGGACCUACACGCUUCGCAUGUUGAACCUGGGC